AUGGAUCCAAGAGAUGGCUUUGAGAGUGGUACUGUUACUCCUCACAGUUUGCUGGACGACAAUGUUUCCGAUCCACUUCUUCGUGCGGCCCCAGAGCGCACCAUGAGCACAACUCGAUGGCUGGCCAAACAACAUGGUGUCAAGAGUGAGCGGACCAUGUAUCUCCAUUACUACCUCCCUGUGACCAACUGGAUCCGCCAGUAUCAAUGGAAGUUCUUGCGCGGUGACUUGAUUGCUGCCCUGACUAUGGCAUCCUUCUACAUUCCCAUGUCUUUAUCAUACGCUUCAAACCUGGCUCACCUACCACCCAUCAACGGCCUAUACGCCUUCGUCUUCAAUCCCUUCAUAUACGCCAUCUUUGGUACAGUACCACAGCUAGUUGUUGGUCCUGAAGCUGCUGGCUCCCUUCUUACUGGUCAAGUGGUCCGCGAGAACAUUAGUUCGGGAAAACAUCGAGACAACGACAUUGCGAGUAACACUCAGAUCGCCGGCAUGGUGACAGGAAUUGCUGGCGCAAUCAUCCUGCUUGCAGGUCUCUUUAGACUUGGUUUCCUUGACAGUGUUCUGAGCCGACCAUUCCUUCGAGGCUUCAUCAGUGCUAUCGGUGUCGUCAUUUUCGUCGAUCAACUCGUGCCUGAAACUGGAAUGAGUACCCUAAUCGAACAUGACCCUAGUGGUGCUGCACAUGGCAGUUCUCUUACAAAGCUCAUCUAUCUGUUCAACAACGCGGACAAGGCACACAAGCUGACUUGCGCUGUCUCGUUCGGUGCUUUCACAAUCGUCAUGGUGUUCAGACAGUUGAAGAGAAGUCUACAACCUCGCUAUCCUUCUGUGGCUUACUUUCCAGACCGUUUCCUGGUUGUUGUUUUCUCGGCUCUCUUCACCUGGGGCUUCUCCUGGGACAAGCAGGGCCUUGAUAUCUUGGGUGAUCUUAAGACAACCGGCAAGCCUUUCCAGGUGCAUUUCCCGUUCCAACCGUCGAUGAUGGAGCACGUUACCGACGCUUUCUCCACAUCUUUCCUCAUUGCCCUGCUUGGUUUCUUUGAGAGCAGUGUCGCAGCCAAAAGUCUCGCAAACAGCACAGCGAAGAUUGAGACGAAGAUCGACGACGACGGAAACGAGUAUGAAGAGGCCGACGGCAUUGUCAACAUGAACGUCUCUGCUAACCGCGAGUUGGUCGCUCUGGGUGUCGCGAAUAUUUUUGGAGGCCUGUUCAUGGGCAUUCCUGCCUUUGGCGGUUACGGAAGAAGUUUGGUGAACAAAAGUACUGGAGGCAAGACCCCAAUGAGCAGUGUCUUCUUGUCUCUGAUUACAGUCUUCUGUAUCCUGUUCUUGUUGCCCUACUUUUACUACAUACCGAAAGGAGUGCUCGCCGCUAUGAUUUCGGUCGUAGCCUAUUCACUAAUCGAAGAAGCACCUCACGACAUACAUUUCUUCUGGUCCAUCAAGGGCUGGAACGAAGUAGGCCUCAUGCUUCUGAUUUUCCUAACAACCUUUUUCUGGAAUCUCCGUAUCGGCAUUGCUGUCGGUAUCGGUCUCUCCCUCCUCCGUCUGCUCAAACACGCCACUCGUCCGCGUAUCCAAAUUCUUGGCCGCGUACCUGGCACUCGCAACCAAUUCGACAGUGCCGAACACGGCGGCCUUGAGUUCAUCCCUUACGUCCUCAUUGUCAGGAUUCCGGAACCAUUGACUUUUGCAAAUACUGGCAGCUUAAAGGAUAGGCUGCGGAGAUUGGAAGCUCAUGGCACUAGUGCUGCUCAUCCGGCCCUGCCCCAAGUUCGUGACCGCCAGCAUAACCGCAACGUGGUCUUCGAUAUUCAUGGUGUAACAUCUCUUGAUCCAGCUGCUGCACAAGUGCUUUUGGAGAUCGUAACUGGUUACCGUGAACGCGGUACCAAAGUCUUCUUCUGCAGAGUCCCCAGUCGACGAUCACAAGUCUGGAAACUUAUGGUCGUGAGCGGGAUCGUUGAGGUCUGUGGCGGUGAAGGACAUUUUACAAGAGGUGUUGAGCAGGCGCUUGAGCUGUCUGAACAGCAAGAAAGAGCAGAGAGCUUGAGGGAGGAUAGUGGAAGCGUCGAAGAUGGUCGGGCUGCGACUACCUAA